UCUCUUUCUCUCUAUCUGUGCCUAAGGUUUUCAUAGGUACCCAACACAUUCUCUCUCUGUUUAUGCCAAGGGUUUCAACAAGUACCCAAACCAACAUUAGCAACAGCGAGCUUACUUACAAUGAGUAACCACGUCAAUGGCGCGGAGGAUCCAAUCGUCCACCGCAUGGUUAUCGACAAGUCUACCCCUGCAUCUGACGAAGAUAGCCCAGUUGAUUACAGCAUUCUCCGCAUGCCCUUUCUUAGACGCAUGACAACAGAUUUGCAAGAAGCUUGGCCGGUGUUGCAAUCUGCUUUAGAAGAGUAUGACAUUUCAUGUGCAUUGGAUGUGGAUCGGUAUUUCAUCACAUUCACGACAACCAGGACUAAGGACCCAUAUGCUAUUCUCAAGUCUAGAUAUCUUCUUCGACUUUUGUCAGCAGCUGUUCCUGCACUUCAGGCAGUAAAAGUAUUGAAUGGAAUUCCAUGUCACCUCAUCUACACUGGGUAUCACAUAGGUGGGCUUUGCAAAAAAUUUGGGAUCAAGAUGGAUAAGUAUGUUUCUAGGAAGAAAAUACUCAUGACUCUCCCGGUACAGGCACUUGAAAAACUGACAGGCUGUGACAUUUAUCUCCGCCCAUCUGUUAGUGUUUCUUUCUACUUUUGAUGGUUGUAUUUGUAAAUUUAUUUUAGCCGGUCUUCCCACAUGCCCAGAUGGAGUGGGAAGAGAAAGAUGACUUCUAAUGAUUUUUAACUUGCUUGUAAAUGAAUAGGAUGACCUAGUUGCCGUUAUGGGUCCAGUUCAAGGAUUGGAACUAGUCAGAAGGAUUGUGGAAGACUGCAUUGUUCAUAAUGUUCCUCCGGCACCCCGUGUCAAGAGGCUUACAAUUUAUGCUCAAACGAUUAAGGGAGUUAAGGCAUUGAGGUUAUGAUGAGUAAUCUGGGGGUUGAGAACUAAUGGUGGUGUCUGCUGCUCCAGUUGUGGUCGCUUAGUCCAUUAGUUUACACUAUACUAGAGAUGGAUGCAUCAGAUUCUGCAUUUAAGAAAUAUAUAUUAUCUACUUGUUGAGAUGCUUAAUUUGUCUUUAAAUGUAAUGACGUGUUUAAUUCCUUCACUAAUCAAUAUCAUCUACGUAGAGUAGAGUUUUAUU